AUGGCCGAUGUGCAGAGCAUUUGCGAGGUCACGCCGGGGUCAGGAGAAGCCGUCUUGACUCUGAAGGACGCAAUGCCUGGAAAGGCGCUAAGCAGGGACGGUUCGACCACGUGCGUGGACAGGCAUCAAACAUUCGAGACGCGGCGACUGGAGGGGACGUCGAUGGAGGGCUUGAGCGGCUGCACAUCUUCAGGUUUCACUACACAGACCGAUGCAUCUGAACUGCAUUCGGAAGGCAGGAGAGGCAGCCUCGUACCAAAGUCAAGCAGCCGUUCCGUGCCGGAGAAGAGCUGUCGGAGCGCGAUGUUCCACCUCAGCGGUGAUGUCGGCAUGACGUCCGCUUCGCCAACCAAGUCCUACGAGCGCCGACCGCCCGUCUUCCGGAGCCCAGGAACGGAGUCACUGCGCAACUCCAAUGAGCGCCUGCGCGGCGGCCGAGACGGUCCUGUGGCCCACGAUGCCCGCACCGGAUUCGCCACAAAUCUAAAGCUUCUGGCCGAGAACCUGGUCAACGAGACCGCGCAGCGUGAAGGAACUUCACCUCGGGCAUGUUCACUAGCACCAAGCGAAGUUCCCAGUCAAGACGAUGCCGAGGUCCGACCGCAGCCGACCGAGGAACCGGCGGAUGGAGCGAGCAUGACCCGAUUGGCGUCACAGAUUUCCGAAGAGGCGCCCGCAGGUUUGAUCGAAGCGCCUUCCACUGGCGCCUUCACUCCGUACCCGACAUAUUCUGCGUCAGCGUACGAGAUUGACGCGGCAGCCAAUGAACCACCACCCCUGGAGACGGUUGUGGUGCAACCUGCUCCUCGCCCCCAAAGCAAGUCUUCUGUGCAGGUUCUCAGAGUGGAAGUCCCAGAAGCACCUGUUCGCCCCGAACACUUCUCCGGCUCUGAAGCGCCCAUGGCCGGAUCAACAUUGCCCCUCAAUUCAGAAGCACCUCGAACCGACAGGCCGCCACAAGCACUGCGCCACCCACGCCCGCAUGCUAUACCACCCAUUGCAGCACCACUGUGUACCCGAUGGUGCUGUGCUAAGAUCAGCAUGAUAUCCAUGGCAAUUAUGUCCCUCUUCGCCGCCUUCAUGAUCUACGCAUUCAGGGAAGAUACUUUCGUGGAUCUAGUUAACUGGGCUGCAACGUGGAACACUUCGAGCAUCAGAGCAAGGUUCGUAGUAACGCAGGCUCUUAUUCCGGAGGCAGAAAACAUCACGGAAUCCGGGAUUCUCAAGCAGAACUUGCCUUGAAGCAUAUGUGCUUACGGCUUGACGUAAGGACUCGUCAAGGAUGGAAUAAAGGACAUCUUUCCUUUUUU